GCCUGGGCUGGGCGCAGCGCCCGGGAACCCGCACUCCACGCCCCGACCCGCGGGGACGCCCAGGCCGAGGGACCACCUCCCCAGCCCGGAGGGAGCAGUUCCCGCCGCGGGGACCUCGCCACCGGAGCCAGCCGGGCGGGGCGGCGCCUCCAGGCCACCAGAUGUUCGCCAUCCAGCCAGGGGCAGCUGAGGGGGGUCAGUUCCUGGGGGGCCCACCUCCUGGAGUAUGUCCACCCGAACUUCAACCAGACAGCAACUCCAACUUCAUGACGAGUGCCAAGGAUGCCAAUGAGAAUUGGCACGGGAUGCCAGGCCAAGUGGAACCCGUACUAAUGAGGAGCUCCUCCGACUUGCCCUCUGACAACCAGGAUUUCCAGGCUCCUGGACUCCCUGAGGGGGAGGUCCGCAGCCCGCCAGAGGGGGCAGAGAUUCCUGGAGCCGGGCCUGAGAAGACGGGUGGUGUCAGCACAGCCUGCUCCCCGCUGGAGGACAACGGCUAUGCCAGCAGCUCCCUGAGCGUUGACAGCCCCAGCUGCAGCCCUGAGUCUGCCUGUGGGACCCCUUCUGGCCCUUCAGACCACCUUCCGCCCUCAGUGGCCCAGGCCGUGCUGCAGCUGCAGGCUCAAGAGCGCUACAAGGAGCAGGAGAAGGAGAAGCACCACGUGCACUUGGUGAUGUACCGUCGCCUGGCCCUGCUCCAGUGGAUCCGGGGCCUGCAGCACCAGUUGGUUGACCAGCAGGCCCGUCUGCAGGAGAGCUUUGACACCAUUUUAGACAACCGGAAGGAGCUUAUCCGCUGUCUCCAACAGAGGGCAGUACCAUCCAGGCCCCAGGACCAAGACUAAGGGUGUCUCUGUACAGGGGUGCAAGAGUUUAUGUAUAUAUUUGCAGACAUGUGUGUGGUUAUGCACAAGCAAGUACAGAUCAUUUGCUGGUACAAGUGCAGGGAAGCAUAAGUGAGUAUGUCAGUGCUAACAUGUAGGCAGAUGUGCACAGGCCACGUGUGAAUCUGCACCUGUGCAUUAGUAUGUGUGCUGUGUGGACACACAAGCCUAUGUGUGAGUAUGUACGUAUGUGUAUGUAUAGUAUGUAUGUUGUUGUUAUUGUUUAGUUGCUAAGUCAUGUCCUACUUUUUUGUGACCCUGUGGACUGUAGCAUACCAGGCUCCUGUGUCCAUGGGAUUUCCCAGGCAAGAAUACUGGAGUGGGUUGCCAUUUCCUUCUUCCAGGGAUCUUCCUGACCCAGGGAUCAAACCUAUGUCUUCUGUAUUGGCAGGUGGAUUCUUUACCACCUGAGUUACCAGGGAAGCCCAUAGUAUAUAUGUAGAAGGAAGUAAAUUUGUAUGUGCAUGCAUGGAUGGGUACCCCAUGGUGUGUAUCUGUGUGCAUGAGUGAAGAUAGAUAUGCAAAAGAUGUGUGUUUACAUAUGAGUGAGUUUGAGUGUGCAGAUUUCUGGUGGGUAUUUGUGAAUGAGCCCUCAAGUGUGUACAGGCCUAUGUGUAGGGGUACAUGUGUGCAGGUGUGUGCAUGGGAUAUGCAUAUUAGGAGCAUGUAUGUUCAAUUGUACAUGUAGGGCAUCCAUCCAUACCCUAUGUUACCUGUGGUCUACACUACCCUUUUGUCUCCACAGGGUCCCACUGCUCCCUGGAGAAAGGGCUAGCCUGCUCUCAUUUAUCUGAAGGUUGUGGCUGAUCGAUCCAUUCUCUUGGAAUUUCUCAGGCUAACUCUUUCGAUCCUUCACUCCUCCAAGACCUUGCUCUGCUAAGGCUGUUGUUCCUGAUGGAUUUCCUGCUCUGGCCAACCAUGGCUUUUUGGCUGCAAUUUUUCCAGGGCAAUUGGUGGAGAACUGCUAUCAGGAAAGAGAACUAGGAUGGUGAUUGACACCAUGGCAGGCAUGGGGGCGAGAUCAGAGAAGAAGAUAGAGGACUGUCCUGCUUGAACUCUGCCAUUGGGCACAUGUGAGAUGGAGAUGGAGGAGAUGACAAUGUUAGGAUCCUGAGAAGACUGGGAGAAUGGGAAUUCUAAAAUACCAGUUCCAAACAAAUCACACCCCUCCACUGCAGAGGAUCUGUUGCAAACCAUAUUGGCUUAAACUUCUGAUGAAAAGGAAUCUGUGUUGAUAUAAUGUCAUAUGUCAAUUACACCACAAUAAAAAAAGAAAAGGAA